CGAGCUUCCCAGGAUCAACAUCUUCUCCGAGUAUCGCCAUGCGUCCGGACCAGGCCACGUCCUGGUACCGGCGGAUGUCCGCCGUCUACGCUCUGGGCGCCUGGACCCUGCUAGGCUCCUUGAUUUUUUUAGACCGGAAGAGCAAAGUACCAGGCAAUGAAGUAGAGCAAAAGGAUGUCGCAAGAAAUGAAAUGCUCGAGGCGCCGAAAGGGUUUUACGUGGAAACAAUUGUCACAUAUAAAGAAGAUUUUGUUCCAGUCACUGACAGGAUCCUCAACUUUUGGAAAUCAUGGACUGGUGGCCCUGGACCAGAAUCCUGAUUAACUGCUGAAAGCUGAAAACCGGGACUGGGUUCAGCAUAUACAUUUGAUGGAUGCCUUAAUUUCCAGUUUAUGUUUGUGAAAAGUGUAUCCAUUUAAUUUAAAUUUUGCUGUGAAAUAUAAUCACUAGUAAUAUG